AUGGAUCCCAACUCAACGUCCUUUGGACAAUCGCUCCCAACCUACUCCUAUGCGCCAGCCACAAAUGCGCCACACACUGGAUACAUUUCAUCACCGGAGUCGCUUCGGGAGAAUGAGGACGACAAAGACAAUAAGACACCACUACAUUCGCUUCCAUCUAUUCGGGAGGCUUUGGACAACAAUAGUCCAUUACCAUACCCCAUGCCAGAAUUACUCCCUCGUCUGCAUUUCGCGCAUACGGCAUCGUCGUACUACCAGAUCAGGCGACCGAGUGCGGGACGUAUGCCAACGCCCCCAAAUAAUUUCAGUAGAUCGUUGGCAUGCUCAGCGAUAUGGGAUCAUGGCUAUCCCCAUCUGUCUCAGCUGCAAGUAGAGGUGUCGCGAACGAACCUCACCUCGAUCACUACCCAAGAAUCAGAAACCGUGUCACUUGACUCGCUAAGCAUGGCCAAGUCUCCUAUUCAGAGCGCCAAGACAGACAUCACCCCUGUCUCCGAGUCACUAAAUCCCUCCGAGUUCGCUGACGUUGAACCAGGUGUCUCAGUCACCGCUCAAACGAGAAAUUGGAGUCACUCCGCGACCGACGCACCUAGCCAGCAGCGGCGGCGACUACUUAACCGGUUUCUUGAACUUGAUGAGAUUCCCGAAGAAUACGUUUCUUUGGAUGAGUCCCUUCCGCGAACGCUAACGCCAGAGGAGAUUGAUACCAUUCUUAAACCCUGGCGAUCCGAUAACGACCUGCGUCGAAAAGCAUACUAUAUGUCUAAGGAUAACGUGCUUGUUUUUCUUAGGACCCAUUAUAACCCACACGAUGAUGGCAAGCUUAAGGGCUGGAUUCAUAAAAACGAUCUGUUCGAAGAAAACGCCUGGUGGGCAUGUCUCAACGAUCCGUACUUAUUUAAUUUUGGCCCAGACUGGCAGCGGGUAUACGAAAUCAUGCCUGAGGUCGCUGGUCACGUUGAUCGCAAGCGACGAUCUGAUGAUCCGAGUAAACUAAAACAUUUUCGAGCAUCGUCCGCCAGAAGUCUACAAACAAGGGAUCAGGAAUGCCUCCAUGGAUGGAGAGAGAGUCUAGUUAAGAUGACUGGAGAGUUAGCGAAACCUCCACCGAACGUCACCUUUGCGACGUAUAUUGUCAUCGCGGAUCAAGAGGCUUUUCAGACUGGACGUUUACGACUGUUUUGUCUUGACAAUGGACGGAAAAUUGUCUGGGAGCCUCGCGUUGAGCUGGUCAAGGAUCAAGGUGUGCAGUGGCUCAAAAGCGACACUGUUAGACAGUCCGCUACGUGGACUCAGAUCGAGAACAGUGACUGUUCCAGUCUUGGUCAGGCUUUGGAGCUGUGCGCAUUCCUGGACGAAGGUUUUGGUUGCUUGUUGGCCGUUGGUCACAACAAUGGCUAUCCGCAUGGGAGAUGGAAUCAAUUUACCGCCAAUGGUCAGCUGUCGACGUGGUUGCUGCAACAAGUUUCUUGCGGCUUGGAUGUCUGA